AUGACUCUGGUAGUGCAUGGAGAACAUUCUGUGCUAGUUGAGAGACAAAACUUGUUGGGAUUCCAAUGCCCGAGCAAGUUGUUGGGAUUCCAAUCGGCUCAAGAGCAAAAGGACACUCACCUCAACCAGCUACCCAAGUGUUAUAUUCCCUCUCCUGCAUGUGAAGUAAAUUCAGUGCUUAAAAGGAUGAACAAGUGUGGCGAAAAGGCAGGGAACUUUGCUCAUGCAUUCCGAGAGCACGUGAGAUUGGGGCAGAACAUCACUGAAACAGUGAAAGGGAAGUUGAGGUUGGGGGCUAAAAUUCUUAAAGUAGGUGGGUUGGAGAAAUUCUUCAAGAAGUUAUUUAGUGUUUCAGAAGGAGAGAAACUGUUGAAGGCUUCCCAAUGCUAUUUAUCAACCACAGAUGGUGCAAUAGCAGGCCUCCUCUUUAUCUCCACCAACAGCAUUUCCUUUUGGAGUGAGAGAUCUAUCAAACUGCCCUCCCCAAAUGGAGAAUUGCUUAGACUCCACUAUAAGGUAUUAAUCCCACUCAAGAAGAUAAGGACAGUUGGGCUUUGUGAGAAUGUGAAGAAGCCAUCAACCAAGUACAUACAAAUAACUACGUGGGAUAAUUUUGACUUCUGGUUUAUGGGUUUCUUAAAUUAUCAGAAAGCUUUGAAAUAUCUUCAGCUGGCAAUUUCUCAAGCUUGAAAGAAUCAAAAGUCAUUUAAAUGAGUGUAACAA